CAGCUCUCUAUAUAAACUUCCGUACACACCUUUGUGCUUCAACCAGAUCGAAAGAGAUCAGGAAAAUGGACCAGAAGAGGAUCAUCGUGCUCGCGGUCGUGGCUUCUCUCUGGGUGCUGAGUGCCAUCCUGGGGUUCUCCGCCGAAGGCACAAAGCUCACCUCUUCGGACGUUCUGUGGUACUAUGGGCAGUGCUACUAUCCGGCUAAGCCGGCGCGGGGGCUAGGGAUCUGCGCGACCAUCUUCCUGAUAAUUGCUCAGAUCAUCUUCGCGGUCGUCGGCGGCUGCUGCGGAUUCUGCCACUCCCGCGCCAUCCCCUCCGAGAAGAACCGGAUCAUCGGCGUCGUGUGCGCCGUCGCCUCAUGGAUCGCGGCCGUCAUCGCGUUCGCGCUGCUCGCCGCGGGCGCGGCGGCGAACGCCCAGGGUUGGCGGGAUGGUCACUCGUACGGGCUGUGCGACGUCCCCAGGGGCGGCAUCUUUGCCAGCGGGGCUGUGCUCACGCUCGUCGCCACGGCCCUAGGGAUCACCUCCUACCUCAUGCUCGGUAUCCAGACGGUCGCAGCGACCGCGCCAAAUACGGGAGCCGGCGAGCAGGUGCCGGCGGCCGCCGCGCCAAAUAAGAUAGGAGACGAGCCGCGGCCGGCGGCCGCCGCCGGGAUCGCCAUGGGGAAGCCACAAGUCCCGCAACAGCCUCGUCCCCAGGAUUACGGGCAGGCGCCGCCGCCCAAGUUCACGCAGCAGCCUCGUCCCCAGGGAUUCGGACAGGCGCCGCCGCCAAAGUUCAUGCAGAAGCCUCGUCCUCCAAAGUACCAGCAGUCCUCAGCUCCUCCCCAGGGACAAGGUAACGUGGAACACGCGUAUGAAGUGGAGUUGCAAGUUGAGGUCGAUCCUCAUCUAGAAGAACAGAACGGGUGCGGGACAGCAGAUUUACCCGAAGGAGGAGCACAAACUUCUGGCGGGGAGCACUACAUCUCAGAUUUACCCGAAGGAGAAGCACAAUCCUAUGGCGGGUACUUCGAUGACGCUGACUUCAAGAUCUAGGUCCCAUUUGCGCUCGAGGAUGCAUGUGACACAUAGUCUCUUUUGGUUGUAAUUCAAACUUUGCACUUAGACUCCCUACCCUUGUAAAAUAUUUUUCACAGUUCUGUUAUAAAGUUUGUAGCUUGUACGCUUUGUUGGCAAUGAAAUCACUUUGUGUUUGCA